AUGUUUACACCGUCGUCGAAUUUCAGGCGGCUGGGGCAGGAAGAUAGGACUGCUCGCCCAGAAUCACAUUCGCGGCCCAGCGACUCAAUCAGGCUCCCGUUCUCAUCACCCCGACAGCCUUCCCAUGGAAGCUCCCGCACUUCUGGUGAUAAAGACGUAAUCGUCUUAAGUGAUUCCGAGGAGGAAGUAUCUAACAGAACGAAUGGUCGGAAAGCGCCCAUAGAUCUGACCUUGGACGACGAAGAUUCCAUCAAUCCAUGGCGCCUGCUGAACCGACGUUCACAAAGGCCUGCAUCGUUGGCUGUGCCAUCUACGCCUGGGUUCAGGCAACCACAAGCCCCGCUAGAUAGAGGAAGUGCGCAGACUUCACUUCACUCAGCCACCUCUUCAUCACACGCUGCGACAUCCCGGUCCAUACCACAAUCACCACUUUCUCACGAUAUGUCUGCGGCACAGUCUAUCGCUUCACCACCGGCAUGGCGGUACAAACUAGUGUCCCGGGAUUCAGAUAACUCUGCGAACCGCCAGCAGGCCCAGGUCCCCUCGAGGAGUAGUGCGGGCUUUGAAACAAGUAUCGGCGCCGGACGAGUUCCAUGGUAUGGACAUUCUGCUUUCUUGACAUCAGCAGCGUCGUCUAAACGCGUAUACCUUCCCGCUACUACUCACCAACAGACUGGCGAACGACAGCGUGCUGAGAUAGGUCUCGAUCGCAGCCCACCUGAGCAGAGCAUGGGCAAGCAAAACAUACAGACGAACGGCAAUCAAGUCACCCACGAUAAGGCCGGCCAGACGCUCCGGGAAGAAAUUACCCGAAGGCUUGUGAACCGGAUCGAAAUACCAAGUCAGACUGUCGCUAGCGAUUUAGCCCGUCAGCAUGUGCAGGCUGUAGCGUCCCGAAGCCCAGACAACGUAUUCACCAAGACCCGUUCGACUUCAGCAAUCGUCACGGUUGGUCAGACCGCCUCCAGCACUGCCAGACGUGCUGCGCAUACCCCAGCCGGCCAACUGAAUGCGGUUGAUUGCACGAAUUGUAGCGAACAGAAAUUGACGUGUGAUAAACUUUCGCCCUGUGCACACUGCAGGAAGGCUGGCAUCCUCUGUUCCUAUUCAGACACUCGUCCUCCGCUCGAGCGGCGGCUGUCGAAGAUCGUGAAACUAGCUCUGCCACGGUCUGCCACCGUCGCGCACAGAUCCACAGAUGCUUCCAACCCCUUCGUCGUUCGUCAGUCACUGCUGGACGACCAGAGCGAUGCUUCUCGAAGGAGCAAUGCAAGAUUACGAGUGGAAGACCUCGGAAUGUCUGUGCUGGCUCAGUCUCUGCCGGAAUUUGGCUCUUUACCUCACCUAGUUGACGGCCACGUCGACGAAGAGGAAAGUAUAGAAUCCGAUCUAUCGAGCACCUCAGAGCAAGCAACGCCUGUUGAACCCGAACUUAAGACAGUCACAAUCAUUAUGGAACAGCUACGUCAAGAUCUUUUCGCAUGGCGCGAGAAAACAGUACAAGCCGAUCUUCGGCAGGCGGCCAUCGACAUGAAACAGGACCCCGGACCCAAGCUUGACUCGACUUUAGAGGAUCCCUUCAAAGCCCUGACGGACCAAAGACGAUCAAAUUCGGGUCUACUUCCACCGUUAGGUGGUGCCCCAACUGAGGGAGCUUCAUUCGUCAAGCCACAGAGUAGGAAAGCGUUAGUCCUCCGCGCUACUGAAACUUCAUUUUGGACGGGAGCCACAUUGUUACCAAAGUACAAAGCGAUCGGUAGGGUUUCUUCGAGUUUUCUGGCACCCAAUUAUCGCACUGCCAAGUACCGGCCUUACGAUGCAGAAGACGAAGUCCAAGACCCUGAAGCGACUGAAAAGUAUGCAGAGCUUGAGCAAAGAUUCAACAACAACCAUGACAGCUUGUUGGCUCAACGAGAUUGUCAGGAGCUCGUAUGGUUGUGGCAACCUUGGGCGCAAGAACUUUAUUCCUCCCUUGGAAUACAUGCUGGCGAUGUACUGUACUUCUUCACUCAUGCUUUGUGGGAUCCACGCGAGAUCAGAUGUGAAUGGUCUGCGGAAGCAUCAAGGGCAUGGUCGGAAGAACAAUCCAGGGGAUGUUGUACUUGCGAACUGGCCGACAAUCAGAGUAAAUGGACCUUCUGGCAGAUUCAUAAGGAAACAUUCAACAGCCUGCCAAAGCCAGACGAUCACAAGCUCGCGCUUGCUGGUUUGGCAGCCUACGCUUUUCACGAGAUGACAGGGGUUAGUCUAUGGCAUGUGACUAUGGGUGGCAUCCUGAAACCACUGUAUGAGGAUCCCACAUCUGUCGACACCAAGGGAUUGGGUUUCUGUGUUAUCUGUUUCCGCCAUCAGUGUCCAGACCAUGGAUCGUAUGAAGAGCCUACUGAUGAGGGAGACGGAGGCAGAGAUCCGGAAGAUUUCAAAGCAUUUGUGAACGACGAGGAAGGUGAUCACAAUCUCCGAAAGUUCAUGUGUCUUCCCACCCGCGAACGCAAGCAAGGCGACACCCACGUAUGCGGACUGUUCUGCGUUGACACGACUCAAUCAUUGCAACAGAUACUAGGGCGACAAGAGGACGGCUCCAUCAGUGGGGAUUUUCGUACGACUGCAGGAAGCAGGCAUGUUCUGGCGGAUGAUGAGCUCUGCAGCGACUUAUGUUUUUGGGACGCUAUCAAUCGGCGAGAUUCGAAGGUCUCCGACAUGCAAUUUCAACCCUUUGCUUCACCAUCAGAGAAGAUCCUGGUCGACAAAGUCUUACAAUUCUACCUCAACAAUAAGCGUGGACCUUGUCUCAUUUCACGAAUCGUCAAGGACGUCAGUUGUAUGAAGAUUUUCGAGCAUCUGGUGUGGCACAUAUGCCAUGUUCCUCAUCCCGUCAUGGAUGCGGAGCCAAUGUCUGACAGUAGUACUGCUCAGCGACAGUCCAACCAUGUUCAGAAGAAAAAGAAACCCAAAGUCAUACCGAAUAUUGAUGUCUCGAGGAGCGCCGAAUUGGAUCAGCGACCUCCAUUUAUACCAUGCUCACACACCGGGCCCUGCUACAACAAUCCGGCUUGCAGUUGUUUCAAAAGUAGGGUGCACUGUGAGCGGUUUUGUGGAUGCGAUGAAGCGUGCAAGCGACGCUUUCGGGGCUGCACCUGUACCACCCGCGGCAACAAGAUCUGCUUCAAAGACAGCCGGUGCGAAUGUUGGAAGCAUAAUCGUGAAUGCGACCCUUACUUGUGUGGGCGAUGCGGCGUUCAUGAAGUGUUGGACUCUUCCAACAAAUACAGAGAUGACAUUCGGAAGGGGCUGUGCAGAAACAAUCGCAUCCAGCUUGGUCUCCCUGCACCUACCACCAAAGCACCGAGUCAAGUGCAAGGCUACGGUCUGUACAGCAGAGCCGACAUUGCCAGUGGUGAUUUCAUUGGGGAGUAUACCGGAGAAGUCAUCAGCAUUUCUGAAGGCGACAGACGUGGCGCCAUGUAUCACGUCCUGAACCAGGAGUAUCUCUUCGUGAUCAAUCGGGGCCAAGAGAUUGAUGCAUCGAAUAACGGCAAUAAGAUGAGGUUUAUGAACAACUCCCAGCGCGACGAACACAUCAAUGUCGAGCCCAAGAAAUUGUGGUGCAGUGGAGUGGUCCGUGUCGGUCUUUUCGCGAAGCGAUUUAUCAAGGCUGGCGAAGAACUCUUAUAUAACUACAACUAUCCAGAGUCAGUGGUUAAGAAUUUCUGGGAACCUGGCGAGAAGCCAGCCAGUGUCAGAAGACUCAUUCCCACGGGAACAGAACGCGCAGCCAGGUCGACCGGAGCAAACAAGUUGGCCGACGAAAAAGGCGAUCAUAGCAGAGAAGAGAGCAGUCAGUCCCCAUUGUUGACUCGUCACCCCAAAAGGAAGAGGGCAGUCGAGGAGAGUCCCGAGAUUCCUCGUAACUCGAGGAGUGCUGCCGCGAACCGCCCCGAAACAGAGAGCUCGGCUGAUGAGCUGUCCAAAGCACCGGAAAUCGACGAUACUGAGGAUUCGGAUUACGAGACUAAUGGUAUCGUGACCGAUGAGGGCGGUGAAGUAGAGGAAGGAGAAGACGAGGAGUCGGAUCUAGAUCCUUUCGAGGAACCAGCACCGAAUAUAAGAGGCGCCGGAAGCCGUCGCCCAUUGCCAGGUGCAGGAAACUCGAAAGGCAAGGUCAACAAAUCCAAUGCCAGGAGCAGGUCGCAGGACGAUAAACCCAGCCGUCUGAAGCACGGGGGAAAGUCUAACAGGGUGGCCAACAAGAAUCUCGACGGCGCAGGCUCAACAUCGAGGCGGAAACGAAAAAUCGGUCCUCAUGAUAAGAGAUUUGGAGGUAGAGCUCAACAACUGGCGUGGCAGACCAGGAGGCAGAACGAGACUAUGGGGAAUGCAGGGUCGUCUCCCAGGAAUCGAUGA